UUGAAGAAGCACAGCAGGAGGACGCUACCCCAAGCGCGCCCGCAGUAGAAGAAGCAGCAGAGUCCACCGACGCUGCAGGCGAGUCUGCGGAGGCAGCCGAGGCACCGGGAGCGGAAUCGGAAUCGGCAGCAGCCGACGCCGAGGGCGCGGCAGAGGCCGCAGCUCCAGAGGCUGGCGAGGAUGAGUCCGAAGACGCCGCCUACCGCAAGCGCCUGCUGCUACUCCGGUUACGAAAACAAGGUAAAGACCAACCUGGACAUGCGUGCCCAGACCCUCGAGGUGGAGGACUCUAUCUUCGAGGUUGUCGUUCCUAUUGA